ACAUGGUCCUCAUUGCUUGAUACUCUGGAGCAAGACACUGAGCGUGGUGUUCAUUACAAGUUGUUAUUCUUGCAAAGACACGGCGAGGCAUGGCAUAACGUCAUAAAGGAAAGAGUCGGUGAUGAUCGCUGGAAAACCGUUGGUGUUGAAGACAGCUAUGAUGGCAUCACUCUGUUUGACGAUUCCUUGACGAAGGAUGGGUUAUCGCAAGUGCGAGACCUCUCUACUAAAUGGGUUGAAGAGAUUGAGAAAGGGGCACCUCUGCCGAGAAGCCACUACAUCUCCCCUUUACAGAGGACGUUACACACACAUGAACUCACGUGGGGACCAUCACAAUCAGGGUUGAUCGUUGAGAGUCUUAGGGAGAGGUACGGUGUCUAUACGUGCUAUGAAAGACAUAACAAGUCAUGGAUCAGAGAUAAUUAUCCCAACUUGGAAUUUGAAGAUGGCUUUAGGGAGUUUGAUGAUCUCUGGGAAAGUGACAGAAGAGAGCCCAAGUGGCAUGUUGACAGUAGAGUUGAGCAUUUCCUGAAUGGCCUGUUCAACAACGAUGAAUCAACAGUGAUCUCUGUAACUUCUCAUGCGAAAUUUAUCAAGAGACUCUUGAAAUACCUGAAGCACCCGUCAUAUAAACUUCAACCAGGUCAGAUGCUACCAAUCGUUAUCAAA